UAUCUCAGCUAUUUCCAUCUUCCCACCUGCAAGUUUUCCACCUGCUGAGCAUUCUCCCCAGAUCGCCAUGGCAACGCAAAAGCGAGUCCUCGUGUGGAGUACGCCGCGAUCUUUGUCCACCGUCCUCAUGAGGGCGCUGUCACAGCUCCCGGAUUCGCUGAUCAUACACGAGUUCCUGUUGUUGGCGGGUUGGAACGAGGUGGGCCUGCCGGACUGUCCCGGCGACUGGAAGGCAAACUUAAGCGACAUGGACACGGAACCAGGUUUCAAUAUCAAGUCAUGGAAGGAGAUGUACGAGCAGCCGUACCCUGGCAAAUCCUUCAUUCUCGGGAAAGAAAUCUGCGACGGGAUGAUAGGACGGAUCAUGGAGAUGAUACCCGAAGGCUACACCCACGUCUUCCUGAUGCGCCACCCUUCCAAAUCAAUCACUUCUCUCGACAAAGCACUCUCGUAUUUCCCGGAUGAUGUAGUAAGAUUGUCCAUGCAGAAGCCCAGUUUCAAAGCCCUGGCUGAUAUAUAUGACUAUGUCACCACGACACUCGGUCAGCAAGCACCCGUGGUGUUGGACGCCGCCGACCUUCUUGCAAAACCCGCGGAGGCCUUGCGGCUGCUGUGCGAAGCCACUGGGAUGCCUUUCAGCCAAGACCUAUUCCAUUGGGAUCAGCUCAUAGGCGAACCACCCUCCAACUGGUUAAUGCCAAAGAUGAUGUGGAGCAACAACAAGGAUGUCGGGCUCUUCAAUUCUGCCUUUCAGAGCACCUGUUUCCACUCCAACCAGGCAACCUCGGGCGCUGCAAAGGAGAAAGACGCCAUCAAACCAGAACUCCAACAACUGAUCCAAGAUGCUUUGCCGUAUUACAACUACCUGUACGAACAUCGCUUAAUUAUUCCAGACUAGGAAAAGAACAAGUAUACGAGUACACAAUAAGCUCUGGCAGUGUUAGACUCAAGCGUACAAACUAGCUGGGGGUGUAAACAAAAUAUAAUCUAGCAUGAAAGUCUUGCAUGAAAUCAAUC